UUCCAAUUCUUCAUUUUCUUCUUUUCCCCUCCUACCUUCCCCUCCCUUUUCUUAUUGUUCGAAGAUCUCGGUUUCAAUUUUCUGUUUAGUUAUCGGGAGUUCUGCUUUUCCUCCCUUGUUGCCGAUUACUCUUUUUUUGCCUCGCGCAUUUCCAGUGUUUUCCCAGGUUUUCCUCAACAUCUAGCUUUUCACGCCCGUCUCUUUGCUUGGCUUCGUUACGACUUGAUCUCACGCCGGUCUUUCUUUAACGACUCCACGAAGUUCUAG